AUGACGCCCCAGUCUCCCGGUCCCAACGGCGGAGGAUCUAGCUCGAAUGACGACGGGAAUCUGGGCGGGGGCCUGAACACGUCUGCGGCGGAGCCAGCCAGCGGCGGUGGCGGGCUGGCACGCGGCGCCGUCAUCGGCAUCGCCGUCGGCUGCGGCGUCGCCGGCCUGCUCAUCGUCUUGGGGCUCGCCUGGUACCUGCUGCACCGGCGCCAACGCAAGAAGGUCCUGCAGUCCGUCGACUCCCCGUACGGCUCCGGCACCCGUGGUGAGGAGCUCAUGGCCGAGAAGGAAGCCGCCGCCGACGUUGACGUGUCCCCGCACUCGCCCUAUUCCGACGACGGCGUCUCCCGAGCCGGCCCCGGCGGCACCUACCCCGGAGAAGCGGCCGUCGCCGCGGAUGCCGCUCCGACCGCGCCUCACCAUUCGCACCUGCAGGAUCCCCCGCGGUCGUUCACUCCUUACUCGGAUCGCCCGAGCACCGCCGCGGCUGCCGCCGGCCCCGCUGCUGGGACGCCCAGCAUACGCGCCGCAUCACUCGCCCAGACCGACGACGCGCGCGUCAGCGCGCCCAGCCCAGUCCCCGGGCGGGCGACGCCCCGAGCCCUGACGACGCCGUAUGCUCACUUGGUGGAGGAGGGCAUGACGGAGGAGGAGAUUCGCAGGCUGGAAGAGGAGGAGCGGCAGCUGGAUGCUGCCAUCGAACAAGCAGCGAGGCGCUGA